CACACUCACACACAUACACACGGUUUCCUCACCACAUCUCUCCGUCUCGCCUCGCCUCCGCCUCCCGUUCCUCCUCCCUCUCCCUCUCCCCGCCACCACCACUUACUCUACAGCUCCAGCCACCAGUAAGCUAGCUAGCCACACUAAUGGCGCGCCUCGCCACCAUCCUCAGCUUCGGCGACCACGCCGACGACCACGCCGACGUUCCGGAGACAGAGCAGCACGAGGAAUACAGGGAGGAGCAAGACCACGACGAAGAUGACGACGCCACGUCAGUAGCCAGCGACGACAGCUUCGAGUUCGCCUUCGCGAGGCCGCUCGCCACCGAGGGCCAACACUCCGCGGACGCCCUCGCCGACGACCUCUUCGCGCACGGCCGAAUCAUCCCGGCCUACCCCGUCUUCGCCUCCGCCUCCGCCUCCUCCGCCACGGCGCCUCCCUCGCCCGACACCUACUGCGCCUGGACGCCGCGGUCCGCGCCGGGGUCGCCGGCCCGCGAGCCGGCCGCCUUCCCCAAGAGCGCCUCCACGGGCGGCCAGUCCGUGCCGCGCUUCCGCAUCCGCGACCUCAUCGGCUCCGGCGCCGGGCGCAGGUCAAACAGCGACGGCAAGGAGAAGUUCCUCUUCAUCCAGCCCUCCACCGCCAAGACAACAACAACCACGCCACCCGCCUCCGCGGCGCCCGCGGCCAAGAAACCUUCUUCUUCCUCGCAGCCAAAGACAAAGCAGAGCAAGAAGAAGGGCGCCGCCCCCGUGACGGAGAUGGACAUGGCCACCGCGCACAGGCUCUUCUACAGCAAGCCCGCCGCCACCUCCGCUACAGGCGACAAGACCACCACCACCACCAAGAAGUCGUACCUGCCCUACCGGCCCGCCAUCGUCGGCUUCUUCGCCGCCGCGCACGGCCUCCGCCCAAAGCACCACCCGUACUAGCUAGCGAGAUCCGCACGCAUUUUCUUUCCUCUGCCGCGCGCGCGCGGUGGUGACAGACGGAUUACCGGUUCCUUCGUUAGUUAAUUCCUUCCAUUUUUACGGCCGGCAGGCCGGGUCCGGUCAAGCUACCGGUUCUUCAUCCUCCUCCUUCUCCGUGUAAAUAUAAAAUCGCGCGAUUGGUUUGA